CUGGCCCCUGGUCUCUUUCUCAAAUAUAAAGGCCGCCCAAUUUUCUUGUUCCAUUUCCAUCUACCACCAGAGAUAAUGGAGUCUUCCUCUUGGCCUGAUCAUCUUCCUUCAGAUCGACGGAGAGCCAUUGAUGAGCUCGUUAAAGGUCGAGAUCUCACCCUUAAGCUUCGCGAUCUCGUUCAUAGAAACAACAACAACAAUAAUAAUACUAAUGCUGCAAUCUCAUCACUCAAUCAAGAUCUUGUUCUCAACAUACUCAAGUCUUUCACCAACUGUCUCUCCAUUUUGAAGAGAAGUUAUGGUGAGUCUGAUGAAGUCUCUCAAGUUCCAACUGAUCCUACCCACUUCACCUGGGACGCUGAUGUUGCUGUCAAGUCUGAGGAUUCAGAGGGAAGUAGUAAAACUACUUCAACAAUCAAAGAUCGGAGAGGAUGCUACAAGAGAAGAAAGUGUUCUGAUUUUAUUACCAAAGAGACCUCUACCCUGACGGACGAUGGCCAUGCCUGGAGAAAAUAUGGACAGAAACUGAUUCUCAAUGCCAAAUACCCAAGGAACUAUUUUAGGUGCACCCACAAGCAUGACCAAGGUUGCCAGGCUACAAAGCAGGUCCAACAAAUUGAAGAGAAUCCUCCAUUGUACCGUUCAAUAUAUUAUGGUCAUCAUACAUGCAAGAAUUUGCUCAAGGCUUCUCAGUUUCUUUUGGAUUCUACUUCAAAGGAUCAAUCUUCAAUGAUCAGCUUUGGUAAUAUCCCCAUCGCAGAUAAACAAAACCACCCAUUUUUCUCUUCCUUUUCCUCAUCAGUGAAACAGGAAUACAGGGAUGAGUUACCACCUAGUGAUCAUCAUAAUGACCCCUCAUCAUCGUCCGAUCAUCAUUAUCUCUUGUCACCUCAUGAUGAUCAACUUACAACAUUGUUGUCAUCGGAUCGUGGGGAGGUGAUUUCUGGGGGUAAUUCUUCAUGUUCAAGUUUGGACAUGGAAGUCAUGGCGGUGGAAUCUGUCAACUUUGAUGAUGAUAUUUUGCAAUAUGUCUUUUAAUAUAUAUGCCCAGUUCCCUUGUAAUAUGUUCUUGUAGGAAAAACUUUAUUAAAUUUGCUCUAGCUUCUUUUUAUAAGACUCAUAGUUUCUUCUGUAACUCCCCUCCUAAUGUAUAAUAUGAAAA